AUGCCGACAUUUGAAACGACGACCGCGGUGCAGCGGGCCGGUGACGAAAACAAGACGCAUCAGUCGAUCCGAAUCGAGGCCGUGAUUACCAGCAAGGAGAUCAAGCUUGGGCAAGACGCCGCGGAGGCAACUGUCAGUAAGAGCAAGCUCAAGGACGACGGAGUGGGCACGCGUGUUCUGGAAGAGACCACGACGGCAGUGCCCGCGAUCAUCACGGGCAAGGACGACGGCCUUGGGCAAGACGGCCCCAAGGACGUGGUUGUCAAGGAAGAGCCCACGACCAGGCGUGGGCUGGGCAAUCAGCAGAAGGCGCUGUCCAUGAUGGUCAAGGACAAGAGCAGUGAGCCCCACGACGAGCCAGGCAAGGAAGGCGAUGGGCACCGAGACCCUACAAUGAAGAGCUCCCAAGCGUGCCUCGUCGCUGGGUGA